GCAUGGUCGAGGAUAAGCCUCUGUCGUCGUCUGGGCGCAAGAAGGCCCCGUCCCGUCAAGCCCACGCCUGCCCUGCGGCAGCGUGUACAGCCGUGCCGAGUUUGUUCGUCGCCAUUUCCUGUCCAAGCACUCGCCAAAACCUCUCGCGUGCACGAGCUGCGACGCCACCUUUUCGCGGCGCGACCUCCUCCAGCGCCAUGUCAAGCUGUUCCACCCGGACUGCGAGGUGCCGAGCCCGGCAGAGACGGGCGCCGAGCCCGACAUCCCGGCGCCUGUCCCUGUCCCGUCCCGCUCAGAGAGCGCGGCGAGCUACGCGUCGUCGACGAGCGACGUGACGGGCGGCGCGACCGGCGCCCUUUUCGGCAACUGGAUCUCGUCGUCGCCCGAGCCCAUGGCCGGCGGCGCCAUGCUCCCCGGCGGCCCUGCAGGCGCCAUUGCCGCCGACGAGCUGCGGCUCCCGACGCCGCCGUUGCCGCAUGGCGGCCAGUCGACCUCCUCGUCGCAGCGCACGGCGACGUACCCACCUCCUCGCAUGCCGUACCAGCCCUACCACGCCCCGUCCCUCCCACCACCCUCGUUCCCGCACACGCCCACCCUGCGCGGCUACCCUCCCCUCUCGCAAUCCUCCUUCUCGUCCUCGACCACCACGUCGACCCUCCCGCCGCCACCAGCGCCGUACCGCGCUUUUACCGCCCCGGCAGGGUACGACCCGACGGGCGCGCUCGCCUUUUCGUCCUCGAGCCUCGAGUCGAUCCCCGCCUCGGCUGGCCCGUCGCGUCAGGCGUCGUACUCGGACGCGGCCGUCCAGACCGACCUGCGCGCGACCCACAUCCCGCACUCGCACCCGCACCCGCACCCGCACCCGCACCCGCACCCGCACCCGCACCCGCACCCGCACCCGCACUCGCACCAGGCGUACGCGCACGCACUUCACCACCACGACCAGCAACCGGGCGGCAGCAGCAGCAGCGGCGGCGGUGGCGGCGGCGGUGGCGGCCUGCCGGGCAUGCCCGGCCCGCCCAUGAGCGACGACGCGCUCGCGGCGCUCCUGCAGCGCAUGGCGCCGCACCCGAGGGCUCAGUACGGUGCUUCGCACCCGCAUGCGCACGGCGGCGGUGGUGGUGCGGCCGGCGCAGGAUCGUCGCACAUGCUCCAGUCGCCUCCGCCGACGAUGCACCAGCAGCAGUCGCCGUCGCUGCAGCACGCACACACGCACGCGCACGCGCAUGCGCACGCGCCGCCGCAGCUCGCCGCCUCGCACCCGCACCCGCAGACGGUGAGCAUGGCGACGCUGCAGGCGUUCGGGCUCGGGCUCGGCGCCAUGCCGUACCCGCUCCAGCUCCCGCCGACGCGGCAGCGCCAGCCGUCGGCGGGCGGUCACCCGCACCCGCUCGGCGCGCACGAGCAGCCGCACCUCCAGCAGCAGCAGGCGCCGCCGCCGUCGUGGGGUUGAAGAGCCUCGCUCGUUGCCACGUCCCUCUCUCUCUCGAUACCCCUUUACCUUGUCUCGUCGCGCCCUCGUUCGCCCUUCCUCGCGCCUGUCGGUCCAACCUCGUUCUCCCUCUACCCUCGCAACCAUAGACGCCUCUCUCUCGUUCCCCCUUGUACUGCACAGACACUCCUUCC